AUGUACUAUGCUUUAAUCGAUUUCCAUGGCGAGUUUCCCAACGCGGACGAGUUUUCUCAACCACUGGGGCGCAUGAACUCCAUGGUGAUCUGUCUCGUGGGUACUGCCUUGCUCAGUGUUCCUGCUGGGGUUCUGGGAGCUGCUUUCCAGGACCACAUUGCAUCGAAGCUCUCUCGGAAGUCUGUGCGUUUUGAGGAGGGUGUGCCACCUCAUUCGACUCUGUGGGGAGUUUGCAUGGUUGGACUUGUGGUGUUGUCAACUGCUAACUUCAUCUUCCUCACGCUCGUGUACCAACAGCCUGUACAAGAGUCAGACAUUGAAGGUCGUUCGUAUGAUGCGAAUGCGUGGCAAACCGCAGCGAUUGCCCCAAGUCGCUACCUGGACGUCAUUGUGGCCGUGCCCUUCCUGGCCCACUGGUCGCAGCGCUUGCUUUGCGCAGCGCAGGUGCGCAAGUACAUUCUUAGUGGUGUCCAUCUUGCAGAUUUAAUGGCUUGGCUGCCAUCCUACUUUCUGUUGAUCUCCUUGCUCUUGCAUGGCAGCUGCCAGGAGUUUCGGGACAGUGAGCGCCAAAGCUACUACAGCAAAGAGCAACUCGCAUUCCAUGGCAUGUGCAUGUUCCGUUGGGUCAAGCUGGACCGCGACUUGAAGGCAAAUCAGAGUUUCUUUGGAGGCAUGUUCCAACAGCUCCGGUACGUGCUCGAGGAGAACCACGUGAUCUUCAGGAUUACCUUCGUUCUUGCGACAGCAUUGUGGAUUUGCGGGUCUGUGCUCAUGUACUAUGCAGAGCGCGACAACCCAGAUGAGGGCACUCGCGACCACUUUCGCACGCUGCCCCUGUCCUUCUGGAUGACUGGUCUGGACUUCACUAGCGAAGCUCCAGUGAAUGACCACUCUGCCCAGGGAAAGGCGGUGCACACGCUCAUUAUGCUGGUGGGCGUUGGCGUCUUUACAGUUCCCAUGGGUGUCUUCGGUGCGGCCUUCCGCGAACGUCUGGAUGAGAUGCAUGCAGAACAGCUGCUGUCCAGGCACAACGCGCCUACACUAAACCGUGCUGAAGUCCGUCGCGGCUCGGGCAUGGCAGUUCUGCUUGCACAGGAAGAGUUCGACAAUAUGUCGGUAGCCUUCGACGUGCUGGCUCAAGAGCGGGCCUCUGGCGUGUACCGAGACGUGCAUGAUGUGGAUGAUGAGGAUUUGAUGAGACUGCAGCCGGGAUCGCAGAAAUACCGCUGGUACAGGCUUCUCCUUGGCAAACGGCAUCCAGGCAAUGGCGCAGGUGCGCGGUGGCUGCAGUAUGCCAUCAUUGCAGUCACGGGACUCUGCUGCUUUACCUCCUGUGUGGAGACUCUGUCAUUUUUUGAUGACUGCCAGGCAACAGCCUCUGCCGCUGAAGACUUCGACACAGGCCUUGGAUUUUCUCUGCGGGCAGCUGACUGCAGCACAUACAGCCGUCUCCUGUCAGCGACGGCUUCGCUUUGCUUGCUGGCUAUCCUGCUCGAGUUUGUGGCCCGGUGUUGGUCGCAUCCGCGGCCUUGGAAGAUGUUUCUACAUCCCACUGGCGUUGCUGAUGUGCUUGUCAUUUCAGGCUCUCUGCCAAUCACGCUGGCUUGUCUCGGAGGUGUUUCUGUGAGCUAUGAGCUACGGAACUUUGCUGUUACUCUGCGCCUGUGGCGGCUGAUUGCCUUGGAGCGCUUUGUCCCUGCCUUUGGUGACUUCCUGGAGGUGCUUGCUGGCCGUGGCUACCAGAUCUUGCAAGUUAGCUAUGUGUUGACGAGCUUUUGGUUCAUGAUGGCUGCGUUCAACUGGUACUUUCUCCACGCCGAGUUCGAUGUCAAAAGCGAAGACAAAACUUUUGCUUGCUGGUACUCGAAUUUUUGGUUUGCCAUGCAGUACACGCUGAUCCACAUGAGUGGUGAUUAUCCCAUGACCGAGUAUCCUGUGAAGGCUUUCCAUGAUGCUUUGGAGAAGCGGCGGAUCCUGUCGUCACAGAAGCGAAACCAGGGGCGUGGCGGAAAGGGCCCUGGCAAAGCAUUCAGCACGAAUGACUUCCGUGGGCCGCACACGGCAGAAGUAUCCUCGCCUUGCGUGGCUUCUGAUGUUUCUGCAUUCCGAUGA